ACUAGCACGUAAAUGGAGACGGAGAUUCCCCUUCAGAGAUCAUGGAGUCUAAGGAGACAGUGAUGCUCCAGGAACACAAGGUGAAGGUCCUACACUCCACUCCAACAUCCGUAGGGGAAAAGAUGCACACGCGAAUCAUAGCUGUGGGCGCCCUGACAGUGCUGUGGGCCAUGGCGGCGACGGCAACCAGGCUCCCGCGGCAGGCCGUUGACACGUCUAACAUUUCCCCCGACGACUUAAUCUGCCUCAUCGCCGGGGACUGCAACAGCGGUCCGCAGACACAGCCGACGCCUACUUCGAGUUGUACCUGCGUCAAGUGGUGGCAAUGCAAUGACAAUCUAAUCACAGCUGGAAACGAAGAUGGAACAGUGACUAUGGUUGACCUGCGAGUGAACGGCGCAUGUCCAGACGACGUGAACGACAUAUGUUGCGAGAACUUUGACCCAAACAAAUCCCCGCCGACGCCAGAGAAGCAAGUGACCAUGUGCGGUCAGAGGAACGAGCUCGGCGUUGGGGCUAACUUUCAGGGAUUCAAUGACAGCCAGGCGCAGUUCGGAGAGUUCCCUUGGAUGGCAGCGGUUCUAACUCGAGGCGUGAGUGGCACUGGAGGGAUCCCCGUGUAUGUGUGUGGGGCUUCCCUCAUCCACCCGCAGGUCGUCCUCACAGCAGCUCAUAAUGUGCAGGACAAACAGACAAACGACAUCGUUGUCCGACUCGGCGAGUGGGACUUCAAGAACCCAUCGGAACCGAUACUCCACCAGGAAAUCGGCGUGAGCCAAAUCCUCCUCCACCCCAACUACGACUCGCGGAACAUCAACUACGACGUGGCCCUGCUGAUCCUGGAACGCGCAGCGGAAAUGGGGGCCACCGUGCAGACCGUCUGCCUCCCGCCCCCGCGCCAGACGUUCGACGGCAUGAUCUGCGUCAGCUCGGGAUGGGGGAAGAACGCUUUUGGGACCGCCAUCCCACAGAUUCUGAAAGCCAUCGAACUCCCAGUGGUGAACCACGGCAUGUGCGAGAGCGCCCUCCGAAGCAGCCCUCGCCUCGGCCUCAGGUUCUCCCUGCACCGCUCCUUUAUGUGUGCUGGAGGAAAGCCCGGUGAGGACGUCUGCACGGGCGACGGGGGAUCCCCAUUAGUGUGUCCUGUGCCGGGGAAUCCUUCGACUUACGUUCAGGUGGGCGUGGUGUCGUGGGGCCUCGAGUGCGGCCAGGCAGGCAUCCCAGGCGUGUAUGCGUCCGUCAGUGAGGCCCUUCCCUGGAUAUCUAGGGUGACCCAAGACGUAGGCGGCGUCAACAGGAGGAGAGGAAGAUGAGAAUUUACGGAUUCCCUCACCUGACACUUUGUUCACAAUCUUUG